GCCAGUGUAGCCGUCACACUGCAGGGACAAGAUCCCCACACAUGAUGUGCCGGCGCAAUGCAGAAUGAGAAGGAGAAAGACAGAGAUAGUCUACAGAAAGACAGGGGAAUAAGAAAGACUUCAGACAUGAGCCCGCGCCGCCUGUCAGAUAUCAGUCCUCAACUCAGACAGCUGAAUUCCCUCGUCAUUGAUGAAGAUCUAAAUGAAGAAUUAAAGUCCUCGAGAUCGGUAGAGUAUCUCAACAACGCAUCCAUAGAAGAACGCAUCCUGAGGAUCACUGGUUACUAUGGUUAUGAGCCCUGGAGCCCAUCUCUCAAAGAGGAGGACCAAUCUAGCAUAGAGAGGGUGGAAGUGAAGGUAGAUGGCCAUGCUGCUUCAGGAACAGUUCAAUCUGAUCAUCAGGAGAGACUGCAAUCCUGUUUGCGUAUGACCGCAGUCCAUCUGCGCAGAGCAAUAUGGGGUGUCGCAGUGGUGAUCUGCAUCUGUUUGUCUUGGUCAGGCUGCACUCAGUUGGCCAAAAUAACAGUCAGACGCUUGAAUGUUACAUUCACCCUCACUUGGUUCUCCACAUCCUGGAACUGUGUCACCUUUCCUCUGUACUACCUGGGUCACCUGUGUUGUAGCAAGGACAGACACAGCCCAAGACAAUGCUUCAGAGAGUGUUGUCAGUUCUUGGGAGAUGAUGGACUGUCACUGAGGAUGCUGCUCUCUCGGGUGGCCCCUUUUGGGGUGCUGUGGACUCUCACCAGCUAUCUGUAUCUGCAAGGCCUUCGCAGAAUCCCUGCCACAGAUGCCUGUGCCCUCUUCUGCUGUAGUCGUGCUUUUAUCUUCCUAAUAUCCUGGAUUAUACUGCGGGAUCGCUUCAUGGGAGUGCGGAUUGUGGCAGCUAUUUUAGCCAUUGGAGGCAUUGUUAUGAUGACAUAUGCAGAUGGUUUCCACAGCCACUCUGUGAUUGGCAUCUCCCUUGUGGUUGGGUCUGCAUCAACUGCAGCUAUGUACAAAGUUUUGUUCAAGCAUGUUCUGGGAAGUGCAAAGCUUGGUGAAGCAGCAGUAUAUCUUACUGUCCUUGGUGGAGCUAAUUUGGUCUUCAUUAGUGCUGUUCCUCUGAUCCUGCUUCUCACAGGGGCUGAGGACUUUGUUUCACCUGGAGAUUUGCCAUGGCUAAGUAUAUGUGGCAUGUCUGCUCUUCUUCUGGUGUUCAACUUCCUGUUGAAUUUUGGUGUUUUGAUAACUCUUCCUACUCUGAUUUCUCUGGGUUUUGUCCUCAGUGUGCCUGUAAAUGCUGUCAUAGAUCGCUACAUGUGUGAGAUUCAGCUCAACAGUAUCCGUGUUAUAGCGGCGUCUAUCAUUUGCCUGGGCUUCCUUUUGCUCCUGCUGCCUGAGGAUAGGGUCCAGUGCCUGCCUCAGUUGCGGUCCGUGCUGCACAGCCGGGAAGAGCCACAAGAGUGCGCCAGAGACAAACACUCAGAGACUCUUCACUUCAGGUCAAGAGAAGCCAGGAUAAGCAACUCCAAAACGACCGGUACCCCCAGUAUAAACUGACUUGGUGUCAUAUUCGUGCCAUGGGCUCAUUAUUUGCACAAUAUUAGUUUCAGAUUAGUUGUGGUGCAGUUUAGAAGAACUGCACAUCAAAAUGGAAUGGCAGCAACUGCUAAGAGAGAUGAGAAGACACAAAGUCCUCACAAGUUGAUACAGUUGCAUAUAGGAGGGUGCUUUAGUUAUCAUAUUUUAUGAUCCAAAGGAAUAUUGCACAAUUCUAUGCACUGCUUUUGAAUUUGAAUUAAAUUGCUUUAAAUGGAAUGCAAAAAUAAUCAAAAAAUUUGAUUCUGCCAUUGCUUUCCCUCAUGUUGUUCCAAGCCCGUAUCACUUUUUUUUUCUCAUUCUGUGCAAUACAAAAGGAGAUGUUAGACAGAAUGUUAGCCUCCUUACCAUUUAUUGUAUGGAAGGGAAAACAAAAUGCAAUGAAAGUGAGUGGUGACUGGGGCUAACAUUCUGCCUAAAAUCUCCUUUUGUGUUCCAUGGAAUAAAGAAAGUAUAACGGACUUGGAACAACUCACAUGAGGGUGAGUGAAUGAUGACAGAUUUUUUUUUUUUUUUUUUGGAUGAACUAUCACUUUACGUGUCACUACACUGUUACAGGUCUAAAUGUUUGGAAACUGAACGAAUGAGUGGGUAAGAGCAAUUUUAUCACCUGUCACAAUAUAUGCUCUAACAGUUACAGUAUAUCUCAUGUAGAUUUGUAUAAUCAAUUGUUGCUUCAUGUGUUGAAUGAAGUGCCUUUUUACUCUAUAUUGCCAGUUUCUCCAAUGCUGAUGCAUUGUCACACUCUUCAACAUACUAUUCCUGAUACAGUAUGUGCUAUAAUCUCAAACUUGUUCUAUACUCUGUGUAUGUAUUUGACUGUUAUGGCCUCUCAUGUAAUCUGUAAGAAAGACGAUACCCAUGGAUUCUUGUGAUUAACUUUACAAUAUAUCUCUAUCAGUGGAAAUACUUCUAAUAUUCCUGUGGAAUUAAGGCUUAAUGUAAACCUUUGUAAGGAAGAUUUUUUUGUUACGUCUCAACAGCAAUAAUAAAGAAUGAAUACAUACUUUGCAAGUUGUAAAAUUACUGAAGAUAUUCAUAAAUGUUGUUUGGUUUUAUCUGAAAUGAAUCAAGUUUUAUUAAAUCUAUCAACAGUCUAGCAUGCUUUUUCACUUAAAUAUAUAUAUAUAUUCACCGAUCAGCCACAAUAUUAAAACCACCUGCCUAAUAUUGUGUAGGUCCCCCUCAUGCCACCACAAGAUGCUCUUCUCACCACAAUUGCACA